GUCCACCACAGACUGAGGAGACUGUCAUCAAGCUGUGCUCAUCACCCUCGGUGCUGUUCCAAAUGCCACUUGCGACUACCAUCCCAAGAACAUCAUCCAGCCUUGCUGCGCCAUGACAGCACUUCCAGCGACGAGGAAUGGGACGGUUUCUGCCCGGACAUCACCAUGCCCAAGGAUGGGCAAGCCCGUCGCUCGGUUCAAAGACGGCAUUCCAGCCUCUGCCCCACAAAUGUCGCCAACCACGAACGCAAGGGUAGUGGCGGCUCACCCGUGCAGAUGCUGGUGAGAGAACACGACGGUGCCCUCGCCCAUCACCACGACAAGUGUAAUUGCGAGACCGUCAUUCCAAGGGAAAAUCUGGACGAGAGAUACGGACUAGUCGAGGAGGUCUCAGAGAUUGGGCAGAGAAGGCACAGCUUGGAUCAAGAGGCUGCUGGACGGCUGGCGGACAUUAUGCACCAGGAAUUGAUGUCGGAUAUGGAAGCACGGCAGUGC